AUGAGUUUAUUCUCGCCAUUAUUACCGUUUUCGGAAUUUACGAAUUGGAAUGAGCAUGCGGCUUCGCAUCGAGUCGAAUUGAAACAGGUGAUCGAUCUACCGGAAGUGAAUUUUCGGAAACGAAUUGGUUCAAGAGGCGAGAAAAGUCUUCGAAGGAAUGCAUCGACUGAUGAUGGCAAACUUGAAUUGGCUGAUUGUGCAACUAAGCGUAACCUCGAUAAAUUCAACUUUUUUGAGGAUGAACAAGUACGAAUAAAUGGUUCGAUAUUUCAGCAUCGUGAAGAUUUUAAUUCGUUGAAGGAAGCGUUGCCUUGGGAUAAACAAAAUGCUUUCAGUAUUAAGAUGGAGGAUGAUUGCCCUCAAGGUGGUGAUGAUACUCGUUUGGCAGUUUUACGAGCUUUAGGGACUUACAACUAUCGUACAGUUCAGUGUGUUCUAUGUCAAGGAAAUAUGAUCGUUUAUGAUCGUUAUCCGCUUAUCGAUGGAACAUUUUUUUUAUCGCCAAUUGCGCAUUGCAAAUCGGCCUUGAAUAUGAAAUAUGAAUCGAAAAAUGUUUAUCUUCAAGCGAUUUGCGUUUACUGCAUAUAUCGAAAAUGGAUAUGCGGCCGAUGUAGGAAGCAGGAUUGGUUUAUGGGAUCAAAUUUAAUUGUUGGCACCUUGUAUACCUAUGAUGUUCUAUCGAUCUCAACAUGUUGUCAACCUUUUUGCAAUUAUUGUAUGUGCUCCCUUCUGGUGGAAGAAAGUCAAACGAAUAUUUAUGAAAGGGUAAAUUUUUUUAUUUAA